AUGACGAUGACCAACCAAGAAGAACAAGCUUACUUGGACCUCUGUGUUCGAAUCAUUAAAGAAGGUGAACACCGUCCUGAUAGAACAGGUACUGGAACAUACUCUCUCUUUGCGCCCCCGCAACUAAGAUUCAAUCUUAGAGAUGGGCAGUUCCCCCUUUUAACAACCAAAAAGACCUUCGUCAAAGGCAUCAUACAUGAGCUUCUGUGGUUUGUUGAAGGGUGCACAGACGGUAAGAAAUUGAGCGAAAAGGGUGUUCGUAUAUGGGAAGGAAAUGGGUCUCGGGAAUACUUAGACUCCUUGGGAUUAAAAGAUAGAGAGGUUGGCGAUUUGGGGCCAGUGUACGGAUUUCAAUGGCGCCAUUUUGGAGCUCAGUAUAAAGACUGUAAGACAGACUACACUGGACAAGGGUUUGAUCAACUUUCUAGGGUAAUUGAAACUCUUCGUACCAAUCCAUAUGACAGAAGAAUAAUCAUGAGUGCAUGGAACCCUCCAGAUUUUGAGAAAAUGGCUCUCCCACCCUGUCAUGUAUUUUGUCACUUUUAUGUUUCUUUCCCGAAAGAUAAAAAGCCUGAAUUAUCUUGUUUAAUGUAUCAGCGCUCCUGUGAUAUGGGAUUGGGAGUUCCUUUCAACGUCGCCAGUUAUGCCUUGCUGACCAAAAUGAUAGCACACGUAGUCGAUAUGGACUGUGGGGACUUUAUACAUACCAUGGGUGAUGCACAUGUGUACCUAGACCAUGUAGAUGCCCUGAAAGUUCAGGCUGAAAGGAUUCCCAAGAAAUUUCCCACGUUAAGAAUCAACACGAACACCAAAGAUAUCGAUGGUUUCAAAUUUGAGGACUUUCAGAUAGAUAAUUAUGAUCCUCAUCCACCCAUCAAAAUGAAAAUGUCCGUGUAA